AGUCUCUGGAUUAUAAUCCAAUGUAUUUAUAGUUUUGCUUUUUUUAUAGGAUAAUGAAUAGCAAGAACUCUUUUGUAUUUUACUAAAUCGGAGAAUGGUGAUGGUUGUGUAAAAACCAUAAAGAAGAUAGUAUUAUUGAAAUAAAUCUGUUAUGCCUAUACAGGUGAUGGUUUGCAAGAAAAGAAGAUAAUUGCAUGAAGGUUCUCUCUUUACCUCUACUUUGAAUUAUUCCUAGUAUUGGCUUUUAAGAUGAGUAACAGUUCUUCCUCAAGAUUGGAAGAUAGAGUUCUGCAAACUCUGACAAACGUUUUUGGAUUUAACUCUUUCAAGACUUCAUUGCAAGGAAGUGCAACUAUGACUGUGGUAAAAGGGGAAAAGGAUGCAUUUAUAUGUAUGCCAACAGGAGCAGGGAAAUCCCUGUGUUUUCAGCUUCCAGCAGUUUUGGCAACAGGCAUCACCAUAGUGAUUUCACCAUUAAUUUCGCUUAUUCAGGAUCAAGUAGAUCAUUUGCUCUCUCUCAAAGUCAGAGUGAGCUCUUUUAAUUCCAAGAUGUCCGCUCAGGAGAGAAAAGCCAUCCUUGCUGACUUGACAAGCGACCAUCCUAAGAUAAAACUGCUGUACAUCACUCCAGAGAUGGCAGCUUCUGCUUCUUUUCGGCCCUCCUUGGAGCGUCUAAUGUCCCAAAAGCUUAUCUCUUACCUGGUGGUUGAUGAAGCUCACUGUGUUUCCCAGUGGGGGCAUGACUUCCGCCCAGACUACCUGCAUCUUGGCUCCUUGCGUUGUCGCAUGCCCAAUAUACCAUGCCUGGCCCUGACAGCCACAGCUACGAAGCAAGUUCAGGAAGAUAUUAUAGCCCUGCUCAAGCUAAAGCAGCCCGUGGCUACUUUCAGGACACCUUGCUUCAGGCCCAAUCUAUUCUAUGAUGUGCAGUAUAAAGACCUUAUAGCAGAUCCCUAUGAAAAUCUGAAGGAUUUCUGUCUGAAGUCUCUUGGACAGCAAAAUGAAUUAGGGGGGUAUCCUGGCUGUGGAAUUAUCUACUGCAGGAUGAGAGAUGCUUGUGAGCAAGUGUCAAUUCAACUAAGCAAUAGGGGAGUAAAAGCCAAGGCAUAUCAUGCAGGGCUGAAGCUGGUAGAGCGAACUUCAAUUCAAAAUGAAUGGAUGGAGGAAAAAUUUCCAGUUAUUGUUGCUACUAUCAGUUUUGGAAUGGGAGUCGACAAACCCAAUGUCAGAUUUGUUGCACACUGGAAUAUUUCAAAAUCGAUGGCUGCAUAUUACCAAGAAUCAGGAAGGGCAGGGAGAGAUGGGGAUCCAUCAAGCUGUCGCCUUUAUUACUCUCAAACUGAUAGAGAACAAAUCUGCUUUCUCAUCAGGAAAGAAAUUACUACGCUUCAGGAGAAACGAGGUUCCUUGAAGGAGUCUGAUAAAGCUGUGAUGAAAGCCUUUGAGGCCAUGGUCGCCUUCUCUGAAAAUCUUGUGUAAGUAUGGAUGGGUACUCAGAUGGGUUGGUA